AUGACUAAACAAAAAAUGAAUAAGAUUCAAAUCUAAUAAAAAAAUAAGUAAAUGAAGAUUCUACAACAGAAGAUUCUUAAAGUGAAGAAUUAAAAGCAUAAGAUAUAAUAAAUAAUGAUGAAAAUUUGUAAUAAGAAAACAAAAAAUAAUAAAGUCCUAUUAAUCUUUCUGUUGAAAAUGAUAAAUAAUCUAACGAUAAUAUUAUAUCAAACUAAAAUACAAAAAAACCUAAAGAAGAUCAAAGCAAAAUAGAUUAAUAAAAUUUUGAUAAAUCUAAACAGAAUUUGAUUCCAGU